AUGCCUGGUCUUGCGUCUAACGCCAUGAUCAAACCAUUUAAAGGUGCGGUGUACAGCCAAGUUUGGAUUAACAGAAACGCUGUCGAUUUGCGAACGGCCGUGUGUGGAUCUAUCCCGGAGGAGUGGAGGAAACAGUUUUCCAAGAUCCGUCUAGACCAACCCAUCCAGGUAAACAGAAAGUCACGAAACACCAACCUCACCGAUGAGACAUUCCAAAGCUUUCCGGUCAUUGGCGGAGUCAGCGGCAACCAUGUUCGAGAAAUCGAAGAUAUGCUGAGUUCUGUCGCUGUUACAAUGCCCAAAAGAGGAAUCAUCAUUUAUGACAUAGGUAUGUCCAAUGCCAAGAAGAUAUUCUUGCAGUCACAUUGCAACGUAGCAGUGAAUAGGAUUCGAAUGGAUCUCUUUGGUGAUCUGGUGACACACAUUCGGGACUAUCAAUGGAAAGCACUGUUGGUCUACUCUGCCUUCCUGAAGUUCGACGGCGUACUCUUUUCGGAUGCAUCCAUCCGAUAUAAGCAUUCGCUGGAUGAACUGCCGCUUGUCCGCAACGGCGUUGGAUACAUUGGAAUGGAAGUGAGGGACUAUUCUCCAGCUGGUGCAUUCACACAUGACGGAAUGCUGGAAGCUUUUGGUGUUAGCCGGGAGUCAGUGGCAACGUCACCAACGGUGAUUGGAGGAUCCCAUAUCUGGUUUAAGCAGGGAGGUGAUGUGGCUUCCACAGUGCUGACACACUUGGUGGCCUGUUCGAUGAGGAAGGCGUGUAUCGCACCGGAAGGAGCCACGCUUCCUAACUGCAACAAGACCGAAAGGCUGUCAGGUCGCUAUAUCGGCUGUCAUCGCUUCGAUCAAAGUGCCAUAAGCGUCGUCACUGAGAAGGCAUUUCCCAAGGGUCUCUCAAAUGAACAAUGUCUUAUCGAAGCACUAAAUUUCAUUCAUGUCAGGCGGAGGGGAACUGGCAUGUAUCCUCCUUGCAUUCGCAAUAGUUCCUUGAGUCCAGAGUUGGUUUGA